AGAACUACUACAUAUAUGUAUGUAUACCUAUAAUCUCAUUCGUGGAGUAGCAAUCGCAUGCCAAUGUGUCUAUCCCUAUGCGACCGGUAAGCGCAGACUACAGCCAACAUUCGUGCGCAGCGCUGAGUCGGUGUCUACACGCGGUGCGGUAAUCCAGACAAAAAUAGUAAUAAAUGUUAAAUAUAUUAAAAUUAUUUAAUAAUAACAAACAUACAAACAUACGGACUAUAACACGCUGCCGCUUAAUCUAAUUUAUGUGAGACGCAGAUUUCGGUAGUAAUUUUUUUAUUUGCGACCGAACACAGCAUUCGCGCAGACAGCAGCGAGCUGUGCGGUACCGCGUAUGUGAGAAUAACGGAACAAUUUUACUAAAUAAAUUAGUGACAAAGGAAGUGUGUUGAAGAGAACGAGCUCUGAGCGAAGUCAUCAUCGACAGGAUAUCAGGACAUCUCAAUCAAAAUGCAGCAACGCGCUGACAAGCCCACGCGUCCCGAUCCGAUCAUCUCGAUUUUGGGUAGUGAUUUGGGCCCUUGGCAGCUCAUUGUCUGCCUAUGGAUUUUUCUUUCGAAAUUUCCCACUGGUUGGGUACAAAUUUCGAUGGUCUUCCUGCAGUCGCCAAUUAAAAGCAGCUGCGCUGUGCCUGAUAACAGCACUGAUGUAUGCUCGGUGGAGUGCAAAGCGGUGACUUAUGACCGUAGCAUCUUUCAAGAGAAUAUAAUCAGCGAAUGGAAUUUGACCUGCGAACGCCAGUGGCUAUCCAGUUUGGCGCAGAGUUUUGUUAUGAUUGGCAUAAUGCUGGGCAAUAUAAUUUUUGGACUCUUCGCUGAUAAAUGGGGUCGUCGUCCCAUGUUCGUGAGUGCCUGUGUUAUGCAACUAAUUUUCGGUUGUCUUGUUUCGGCAUCACCAUGGUUUUGGCUUUUUGUGGUCUUUCGCUUUUUGGAUGGUUUCGCCACAGGCGCUACAAUGUCCACGGGUUUCACAAUUAUCAUGGAGAUUGUGGGCAAAAGUAAACGUGAAAUAAUGGCUAUACUCUAUCAGAUACCCUUCAAUUUGGGUCAUGCCACACUACCGCUAUUCGCGUACUUUCUGCGUCACUGGCGUUGGUAUCAUCUUGCUUUCUCAUCAUUUUCGGUGUUAUAUCUGCUAUUUUAUUGGACAGUGCCAGAGUCGCCACGAUGGCUCUUGACAACCGGUCGCACUGACCGCGCCAUAAAAAUACUUGAAGCCGGCUGCAAGCGCAACAAUGUGCCCACCGAAAAUGUACGCGCCGAACUUGAGGAGGCCGCACAAAUCAUUGCCGCUACACCGACUGCAAAGAAGGGCAACAUCAUCGAUCUCUUCCGUCAUCCGUAUCUCUGUCAGAAAACCUUGGCGAUGGCAUUCAAUUGGCUGGUUGUCUGCCUUGUCUACUACGGCGUCUCACAGCACAUAUCACACUUGAGCGGCGAUAUCUUUAUGAAUGUCGCCAUAGGCGCUACGUUGGGUGUGCCGGGCACACUCAUUUGCGUGCCGAUGACCAAAUAUCUUGGACGCCGCAUAACGCUCUUCCUCUCAAACGCACUAAGCGGCGUCGCUUUGAUGACUUUGGCUUUUGCGCCAUCGCUGAAUAGCACCAUGACUGUGGGAAUGGCUACAAUAGGUCUCUUUGGUGCAUCAGUCACAUUUCCGAAUGUUUAUCUCUACGGUGGUGAGCUGUUCCCGACAGUAGUGCGUAACUCGGGUGUCGGUUUGUGUUCGUUUGUCGGUCGUGUCGGCUCAAUCAUUGCGCCAUUCAUAUCAGGCAUGUCAACGCGUGGUCUGUGGAUACCACCGGCUGUGUUUGGCGGCUUUUCGCUGGCAGCUGCUGCUUCGGUCUUCCUGAUGCCGGAAACACGCGGUUUUCCGCUGCCCGAAACUAUCGAGGACGGCGAGACAUUCGGAAAAAGCAAGAAAGAGUCGAAUUUGUAAAUGAGUAGUGAAUAUUUGUUAUUUAUUGACUGUUAUGAAUUGUAAUUAUGUACAUACUGCUCUGUAUGUAUUUUUGCAUGUACAAACCGAUCGAUUAAGAACAAACUUUACGAUAUUAUAGCUUAUUAUAGUGGAAAUUAUUGUAAAUAAAUAAAAUGUAUUAUUUUUAUGUAUAUAAAAUAAAAUUGACAUAUAUUGAUAUAUUACUACAGGAA